GGACAGCGCGGAGAACCGAGCGGACCUGGCGCGGCAUCGCGUGACCCACAUCCUGAACGCGGCCCACAGCCGGCAGCGAGGCGCGCCCGGCUUCUACGCCGACAUGGACGUGCGCUACCUGGGCGUCGAGGCCCACGACUCCUGCAGCUACGACAUGAGCGUCUACUUCCUGCCGGCGGCAGAGUUCAUCCACAGAGCGCUCAGCAGGGGGGGCAGCGUGUUGGUACACUGCCACGUGGGCGUGAGCCGCUCCGCCACCCUGGUCCUUGGCUACCUGAUGCUGAAGCAGAACUUGACCCUGGUGGAGGCCAUUUGUGCCGUGAAGGAUAACCGCGGUGUCAUCCCGAACCGCGGCUUCCUCCGACAGCUCAUCAAACUGGACCGCCAGCUCUUCGGCCUGUACUGAGCCAACAGCGGAUUCAGAUGUUCCCUCCUCCCUGAACCUGAUCCUCCCUGAACUAUAAACCCCGAACUAUUUAUCUGCUUACUAUGGACCUGCUAACUAUGGACCGCUAACUAUGGACCUGCUAACUGUGGACCUGCUAACUAUGGACCUGCUAACUAUAGACCUGCUAACUGUGGACCUGCUAACUGUGGACCUGCUAACUGUGGACCUGCUAACUG